UGUUGAUCGGUGUGAUAGCGUAAUACGUACGUCUACCCGGACAGGUUAGUGAGUGAAGACUGAGGGAAAAAAAACCUCAUGCGUGUCAGCCGCUUCAGCUUGCUUUUUUUACUUGAACAACAAAGAAGAACAUCAACCUCCUGACUUGUUUCUUUUUUCAGGCAGAGGCAAUAAAAUAGGAAUUUUGGGACAAAAAAUAUGGCGUUUUUCCACACUUCAUCCUUUCUUCUGGUUUGCCUCCUUUGGCCUGCUGGACCAGUGGCGCUGGAUGAUGGGUUGGCUCGGCGGCCUCCCAUGGGCUGGCGCACCUGGAACGCAUUCGCAGACCACGUAACGCAGCCACUACUUUUAGGGCUACUCGUACAAUGGCGAGAGCCAUUCUUGCUUCCAGGCUAUUUAUCCAAUGAAAAAACUACGAAAAUACUUCACCGGGACGAUAGGACACUAUGAACAGCUUUAAGACUCGAAAAAUGCAUCAGGACAUUGGCAACCGAGCUGGCGCCAUUCGGCUACACGGACAUCGGCUUGGAUGACAACUGGCAGGCAUGCGGUGCGGGAGUCGGCGGUGGCUUCCAUGACGCAAAUUAUGGGUUUCCGCAUUGCAACCUGCACUAACGUUCUUGACAUGUUGUCUGAUAGGAAAGGAGCCAAGGAUGUUCUCAAGAAUGCAAUAGAGCAACCACUAAGAAAAUGGCAUGCCAAUCAUCAACGCGGACCGCUUUCCAGACAUGAAAUCCCUAGUCAGCAGUGCGCACGCGAACAACCUGACGAUGGGAUGGUGCUUCUCCGUCCUUUUUUGUUGCUGUUGGAUCUUGCUUAUUGUGUCGGGGAUACUUCUUGAUUGGUGCUCGAGCAAAGCAUCUCCUAUUUUAUCGUAUAGUGGACGGGACAUCCUAGAUCAACAUCUCCAUAGGCUCCUCAGUAUUCAUGACUAGGCAUUUGCUUCGCCUCUACAUCUAGGUAUGGAAACAAUUGUAUAUGUGCAGAGAACGGCCUCCCCGAAGAUUUGGCGCAGAAGCAAAUUCGAGGAGACGUGAAGAAGACCAUCGAAUUGGGCUUCGACGGCAUAAAACUAGAUGGAUGCGGUCAAAAAACUGACUUACCUGCGUAUUUGCGCGGCUUUCAAAAUCUCGACAAAAAAAGUACUAGAAAGCUCUUUCGUACAACUCUUGUUUGCGCAGAUAAUUAUAAUUGUCGAGGAGGACAAAAAGGGCAGUUGUGUGAAAGAAGAUCAGUAUUUGAAAAGGACACAGCUAUGCCUACUUUCAUGGUACAAAUUUCAUCACAUCAGUUGUGAUCGAAAACUGUCAUUGGGGAGCAGACCUGGCGCACGGCGAUCAGUGUCCGUAUCAUUUCGCACGUUCCGGACCUGACAUUCGUCCAACUUGGGAGGCGAUGUUCCUCAAUCUCCAUUAAGGCUGCAGAAAGUGCUAAUCACCUGGUCUUCAGCAUCCAUUUUUUACCUCGAUUGUUGUCCUUAUAGAUAACGUUCUAAGAAAGAGGAAGCAUAAAGAAUUGCUUUCCAGCAGCACAGGGAAAGAAUUAUCUCUUAGCGCUUGCGACUGAAAAUGGAUCAUUAUCAUGACUGAAGAUAGUCUAAUAUUAGUCCCUGAACUUGGCAAGCUAUAGUGGACCGGGAUGUUGGGCCUAUCCCGAUAUGCUGGAAGUCGGCAAUAGUGCCACUGCAUGGAAUUUUACCAAGAAUGAAAUCUUCGAUCAGAAAACACUGGCGCAAGAACGAAAGGCGUUGUCAAACAAGAGCGAGGGCACGACUCUGGCAGCUGCUUCAACAUCCUUGGCGAAAACGAGCGCAGCCGACAAUUUUGAUAGAACAAAUUUUGGAGCAUGGUGUGUCACGAGCAGUCCGCUGGUUCUAUCUUUCGACUUGACAGACACGAAAAAGUUUACUCCAGCUGUCAAAUCAGUAGUGACCAAUCAAAUCGCUAUCAGCAUCAACCAGCUGUGGGCAGGAGAUCGUGGUCGCCUCGUGUACUCUUGGGAGCCGAAUGCCGGGGCAAGUAUUUGAGAAUCAAACUGAAAGAACUUCUUCAACUUUGUUUUGCAUAUGCAAUAGAAGUUAACAUCAAAAGGAUCACGACCACGACUCCUUAAAGACGUGGCUACAGAUACUUACAAAAAUUUUAUGCUGGGUAUUGGAGUUUUUUUAAGGUCGGCGCUGAUUCAGCACUUUCACCUGCUCUUCGUCUUCAUGAACUCCGAUCUGAAUUAAAAACUUCAGCUCUCUUCAUGUGGGCGGGGGCAUGCGACAACUUUUCCGGUGAGCAAGAAGGCUGGUUUUUGACCGAAAAUCGAGAACCACGCUGGCGCGCUUCCCGGGAGAGUAAGGAGGAAUUUUGUGUUGAUACACAAUCCGGCACGGCACCGAAACUGGCAAUCUUACGAGAAUGCACGACUUUCACGCCAAGUUUUGUCUACGACGCAGAGGGCCGCUUUGUUCGCAAGCCAUCCGGUACGUCGGAAAACGAACCAGAGCAAGAAGAAGCAUGCUUACAGCCGUUCACGUAUUCGGACAUUUCAUACGGUUACCGCUUGGGCACCUGCGAUGCAGAGGAGGCAGCGGAACUGUCGCUGAACGCACUCUCUGGACGCCUUUACCGCACGAGCGUAGUCGGUGCGCCGCUGUCCCGGCACUGCGUGGCGGUGAAGACGAGCGCGCCCAUGGGCGCAAACACACUUCAGCUCUGGGCUAAGAAAUUGCCCACGUCAGGUGCGGCAACCGUCGGCACUGAUAGUGCGCUGAAUCUUCAAGGAGGAUAUCAACAGGCACCGUUUGGCGGCCAGGAAGCUCCUAGUUCAACACGAAAUGAGGAUGACGUUGACGAACGGCAUUUGCAAAUUUUGAACGAUGCCUUGGCUUCAGCGCGCGCCGCUAAAGUGUCAGAUGCGCCCGCCGCCACUACUGUGACAGGGCGACAAGCGGUGCUGUUGAUCAACAGCGAUGGGACUGAGGACCACACGUUUAACUUCAGUGGAGCUGUCAUGGCCCAGAUCUUCCGAGACUCUACCCCUUCCGGCUCAGUGCGUUACGGCGUCUUCGAUGUGUGGGGAGGAUCAAUUCCAGCAGAGACCAUACAACAUACUGAAGACGAUGCUGAGGACGUGAAAGUGAUAGCAAAGAACAAACGCAACACUCGUUUUUAUCGCGAGAUCACAACUUCUACUACAGUCUGGGCAAAAGCAGAAGAAUUGUCAUCAGUCUCAGAGAAGCGUCGCCUGCGCUCAGAGCCGCGUGACUUGCAAGAGGACAGAAUCAAAGUAACAGCACCGCAGGAACGGGGCGACGACAACAAAUUUCUGCGAGGGAGCGCACCAGCACUACAACAAUUUGGAGAAGAACAAAGAAGCUUCACUGAUUUUUCCGUGCAAAUACCAGCAAGGGGAAGCCUGUUCUACGUGAUCGAGCAGUUGUCACCAGAAAAUGUGAUCGACCCAGAAUACCUCUAUUCAUAACAACGAACCUACUUACUCCUAACGCAGCUGCUCGGCCAGCUGUCUAUUUUCCAUUUCAAAGACAUCGAAUGUGCACCCGCAUCUACUUUCGACUUGUAUUGUGGUAUCAUGUAACAUAGGUCCGAAUAUCAUAUGAAAAAAGACUACAUGAUGAAGCGCUGAAAGAUAAAACUCCGACGAGGAAUGUUUAAAAAUAUAUCGUGAGCGUGUCAUCAGCAUGAAGCCUACGAAUAUUUUGGAACUUCCCCCCACUCGUGUAAUAUGAAGCGCUUCUCUAGUUCACAGAUCUAGAUGAAGUAUAGAUGAAGACGAGCCAGACAUCGAUGUAAUUAUAAAACACCUCCCCCGACGUGAUUUAGAUCCUCCUCUCCCUUAUCUCUGCUCAUGAAUAUAAAACACCAAGUAAAACACCAAGCAUGUUGUAUCACGAUUUUCUGCAUAGUGAGGUGAACAAGUGCCCGAAACUCCGUGACG